AUGGGCUUUGAUGGCACCACUGUCAGUCCGCAGAUUCGCUCUCUGAUCGAAAAGUACCAUCUAGGGUCCGUUCUCUUGACUGCCAAAAACUUAAAAUCCGCCGAAGAUGCAACGCGCCUGGUUCUCGAGUUGCAAACCAUCGCUCGAGAUGCCGGUCACCCAGUUCCGCUGCUCAUCGCGCUGGACCAGGAGAACGGUGGGGUCAACAGUCUGUACGACGAGAUCUACAUCCGUCAGUUUCCCAGCGCCAUGGGCAUUGCGGCCACCGGCUCCAAGUCCCUCGCCCACGAUGUAGCCUUGGCGACGGCUCAAGAGCUGAAAGCCGUUGGCGUCAACUGGAUCCUGGGUCCCGUCCUCGACGUCUUGACCAACGUUCGGAGCCAACCGCUCGGGGUGCGCACCACCGGCGAUGAUCCUCAGGAAGUUUCCCAGUAUGGAGUCGAAUUCAUGAAAGGCUACCGGGAGGCCGGCUUAGUGACAUGCGGCAAGCAUUUCCCAUCCUACGGCAACCUGGAGUUCCUCGGCUCCCACACCGACGUGCCCAUCAUCACCGAGUCGUUGGAACAGCUCAGCCUGACUGCGUUGGUGCCGUUUCGCAACGCCAUUAUCCAUGGCCUGGAUUCAAUGAUGGUGGGUGGGGUCUCCAUGUCCUCGGCCGGAGUCAAUGUCAUGCAUGCCUGUUUGAGCGAGCAGGUCGUCGACGACUUGCUCCGAAAAGACCUCAAGUUCAAUGGUGUGGUGGUGUCCGAGUGUCUGGAGAUGGAAGCCCUUACGCACAACAUUGGCGUGGGGGGUGGGACGGUCAUGGCGAAGAAUGCAGGCUGCGAUAUCGUGCUUCUCUGCAGGUCGUUCCCGGUGCAACAAGAGGCCAUCAACGGAUUGAAGCUGGGGGUGGAAAACGGCAUCAUCGGCCGCGCCCGGAUCGAGCAGUCCUUACGCCGGGUGUUGAAUCUCAAGGCCAAGUGCACUUCUUGGGAGCAGGCUCUCAACCCGCCGGGUGUGCCGUCGCUGACGCAGAUGCAACCGUCUCAUACCAGCCUGUCGACAAGAGCGUAUAACAGCUCGAUCUCUGUGGUGCGCGACAAGAAAAACCUGCUACCCUUAUCUAACAUCCUCGAGCCCAAUGAGGAACUCCUCCUGUUGACCCCCCUGGUGAAACCUUUACCGGCCUCCGCAGUGUCGCGUACCGUGGCCGAGCACCUGAACUCGACGAUCGACCUCACAGCUCUUGAUCGGACGGCCUCGGUCCUCAGCGGCGAAAGCGUAUUUAAAGAACUGGGGCGGUCCCUCUCCCGUCAGAGGAACGGCCGUGUCUUGCACACUUCUUACACGGCCAACGGCGUCCGACCCAUCCACGAGAGCCUCAUCGAUCGGGCGAGCGCCGUCAUCGUCGUGACGGCAGAUGCCAAUCGGAACUUGUACCAGCACGGUUUCACCAAACAUGUGUCGAUGAUCUGUCGGUCGCAGUUCACGCCGACUGGCGAGCAUCGCGAAAAGCCGAUGAUCGUCGUCGCCGCGAGCUCCCCCUACGACUUUGCAACGGAUCUCUCCAUCGGGACCUACAUAUGUACAUACGACUUUACGGAAACGGCUCUGGAAGCGCUGGUCAAAGUGCUGUAUGGGGAGUUGACGCCGAUGGGGACCCUGCCGGGGUCCAUCAGCCGCAGCCAGAAACUGCACCAAGCCCGACAGCACUGGCUGGUGGAGAACUGGAACGAAGAGCGCGACUCGCACGCGUUGGACACGCUGCUGGAAUCGGUUCGGGGCGACUGCACGCAAGGGGAGCUCUCGGAGCUGCUUGGCGUGACAUCGAGCAGUUUCUUACUGCGGCGGGAGGACAUUGACGAGUCGCAUUUUGUCGUGCGGAACAGCAGCACACAGGCGCUCUACGGCUUCUGCUCGACGUACUACUUCAAGUCCACGGGGACGGGCGUGAUCGGGUCGCUCAUCGUCGACCCGGCGCGACGCAAACUCGGUAUCGGCAGCUCGCUCCACCACCGCGCGAUCCGGACGCUCCUGCAGCGCACCGGCGUGAAGCGGUUCCAGCUCGGCUCGCGGCUGCCCGGCAUCUACCUGGGCAUCCCGUCGGCCAACCCGGUCGAGCGCAAGCGACUGCGGCAGUGGUUCGCCAACUUGGGCUGGAACACGUCCUUGUCGCGGCCGGUGUGCAGCGUCAUCCUGCGCAAUUUGGCGAACUGGGUCCCGCCGGAUGGGCUGAUUCAGGGGCUGCAGAAUGCGGACGUCGCAUAUGAUCUGGUCCAUGGCUACGACUACGCGGACUCGAUCCUCGACCACGUCAAGACGAAUUCCCGGCAGGGCGUCAUCGACAUCUACAAGGUGGCGUUGGGGGGCGCGCCGAACUGCGGCAUCAUCCGGGCGACGCGGCCUGCGGACGGGGCUGUCCUCGGCACGGUGGUUGUUUAUAACACACGGUCGACGCUGGCGGAACACAUGCCGGCGCUGAAAGCGACGCACGUCCCGGCCGGUGGCAUCUCGUCGCCGGUGAUUUCGCCUUCGGUGGGGGAGUAUGCGACCAUCAUGCAGGGGCUGGUUCUGCUGGGGAUCAAGCAGAUCCGCAAGCAGGGGGCGGAGGCGGUGGUGAUGGAUUGCGUGGAUGGCGACAGCAACUUCGACUGCGUCUCGAACAUCGGGUUCAGUACAUUGCACAGCUUCGAGGAGGUGAAUUGCGAUGCCGGGACGUGGACCAUCAUGACGGCGUCUUGA